AUGAUUAGCGACAAUACUAGAUCUAAAAGCGAGGUAACAGAAACAACAUCAGAUUGCUCAACCCUUGAAGAUCUACAAGACUUUAUCGACUUUUCAUAUCAAAAUAUAUUGCCGCUAAGUGAUAAUGCCAAUUUAUCUUCUACCCGAACCUUUGAUUGUUCUACCCCGUCUCGCCCGAGUGUUGGUGACAACUCGCCUGCUAUAGAGAAACUUUCUGGCACUUUCAAAAGGGAGUUUGAAUCUAAGGUCGAAGCCCUGAUUUUCGAACUUUCGGAGCAGAGGGAAACCAUUGACAGAUGUAAACAGGAUAUAUGUAAAUUGACCAGUGAAAAUUUAAAUCUAAAGUCACGCCUGGCGGAACUCGAACAAAAAGCGUUUCCUAAGAAUAAAUCUAAUAACGUUAUUAAAAACGCUGAAACCAACGAUGUUAUUAGUAGCACUCUAUCAUAUUACCUGCCCUCAACUGUCUCAAACGAAGCCCCUAGCACAACUAAUGGUCCUACUAUCAGCUCCCUAGUAAAUAACCACCAAGUAUGUGUCCCCAUGGAGGGCUCUAGGGAAACUGCCGUAUUUUGCAGUCCCUCUUUAAACAAUCAACCGGCGGUUGUCUGCGACAAGGGAAACAAUUCAAAACGUAAGCCCUUACCAGCUAAAGAAUGCAUGCCUCCCAAAGCUAAUGAAAACAUUGAGCCAUCGAACCACCGAUUGACCAGGUUCAGCAAAGUUAUUCCCCCUACCCAUAAAGAAUCCCAACCUAUUCCAACUAGGAUUACGUACCGCGUCCCACCAAACGCUAAAAUGAAAACCAUCCGAGGAAAUAGUAAAUACCGGAAGAACCAACAGGUACAUAAUGGCAACUAUACCGAUAAAUAUAAUAGAAGACCCGCUUCUACGCAGACUGCGAGAAACCAAGCAAAAGAGAAACAUAUUUAUCCGCGCCCUUUUCAACAAGCCCCCCGGUUUCAUUAUCCAUGGACAAAACUUGGGAAUUUUAUGAAGGAGUGGCAAGCAUAUCUAAAUUUUGUUCGCAUGACAGUGACAAAUCCACCCAAGUUACCCCGCCAUCCUUCAUUUCCUUUACAACGAAUAGAAACAUUGGUUUAG